AUGGACAAGGAAAUUAAUGAAUAUUUAGGAGAAGAUGUAUUAUAUGAUGAUAUUGAAAAUAAAUAUGACAUUGUUGAUAUAAGUUCCAGUGAAGAAAAUGAGGAUGAAAAUAGUAUUGAAAAUAAUAAAGAUCCUGAUCAAAUAGAACUUGUAAAAUAUAAAGAAAACAUAAUUUCAUACUAUAAAAAAUUUUAUGGAAAUAAAAGCUUAUAUUGUGUUAAUAAUUACAAAAAAUGGAUUUAUUUUGGAAGUAUAAAUAACAAAUGUUAUUUAUACAAUUGUUUUGACGCUGAUUUGAAAUGCUUUGCUAAUAGCAUUGGAUUUAGUGAUAAAAAAAAUGUAAAUAUUUUUGAUAAAAAUGGAAUAAAAGGUAAUUCGAUAAAUUUGGAAAGUUUAAAAAACCAAAAAUAUAGAGAUACAGUGACAAAUAUAAAAUUUUCAAAAGAUUGUAAAUAUGUUGCUUUUUCUAUAUAUAAUGGUGAUAUAUAUGUAUAUGAAAAUAAUAAUACGAACAGUUCAGAAUUAUUGAAUUAUAAUUUAAGUAAUAUAAAGAAAAAUAUAAAUAAUAGUAAUUCAUUGGUAAAUAUAUAUAAUUGGAAUAUUGAUAAAAAUGUUACAAAAGAGGAACUAAUAAAUGAAGAUAUGAAAUUUAUAAAUAUUUUAAGUAUAAAUAAUUCAGAUGAUAAAAAAGAUAUAGAAUAUUUUAUGUUUUGUCCAUUUAAUGAAAAUGUUAUUAUAAGCAUUUAUUUAAAUUCACCAAAUAUAUAUAUUUGGGAUAUAUUAGAAAAUACACCUAUAAAUAUUGCGCAUACUAUUGAUGUACCAACAUUUAUAAAUGUAUGUAACUAUGGAAAUAAUUUUUAUCUUAUAUCUGGAUUUGAUAAUGGAACAACAGUUGUAUAUGAUUAUAAUAUAUAUAACUUAAAAAAAAAAGAUAAUACAAAUAAAAAGUUUGAAAAAAGAGAAAAAAAAUGUUAUCAUAGUAUGGGCUUUAGCCAACCUCGUCUAGCCAAAGAAAUUUUUGAUGAAAAUAACGACACUACUAAUGAAGGUACAUUAAGAAUAAAUUCUAGAAAUAUAAACAAUAAAUAUUUAUAUAAUGAAACAGUGCAAAAUCCACACAAUAUACUUAACAAUGAUUUCAAUGAAAAUUGUAGUAAUGAUAUAUUAUGUAUUGAUAAUUGUAUUACAAAUGAAAUAUAUUUAGCGACACACAAAAAUAUAAUUAAACUAUAUAACAUAAAUAGUAACAAUGUUGUUAGUAUUUAUGAUAAUAUGCAUAGCGAUUUAGUGGAUUACUGUUUAUUUAAUAACAAAAAAAAUAAUAUAUUUGCAUCAUCCUCGCUCGAUAAUAAUAUUAUAAUAUAUGAUUUUCAAAAUAAUAAAUGUAUUAACACAUUUUGUGCUAACUAUGAUUUUAAUAUAACUGAUACAAAUAAUAAAAUGGAAAAGGGAAUAAAUUUUUUAAAAUGGAUAAAUAGUAACUUACUUUUAUUUUCAAGUUUAAAUGGCAAUAUAUAUAUUUAUGAUAUAAGAACAAGAAAAUGUGUACAUCAAUUUUAUUGUCAUACUGAUACUAUAUUUAAUAUUAAUUUAUCUCUUCAUUUAUAUCAGAAUAAAAAUAUAUUGUCAAUUUUAACAGCUAGUGAUGAUAACUCUUCGACUUUGCACUUUGUUGAUAUGUCUUCGUUCAUAUGA